AGUUUCCUUCGGGGGAGGGUUUAACUGCCAGGAAACGGAAGUCUCGCUCUUUUCCGUCCUCCCUUCUUGCCGCUCGCCGCGAGUGUCUCUUGGGCGCUGCCUGCCGCGCGCUCGCCUGCGCCCCUCGUAACCAUGCCUCGCAAGAUUGAAGAAAUCAAGGACUUUCUGCUCACGGCCAGGCGAAAGGAUGCCAAGUCCGUCAAGAUCAAGAAAAAUAAGGAUAAUGUGAAGUUUAAAGUCCGAUGCAGCAGGUACCUUUACACUUUGGUCAUCACAGACAAAGAGAAGGCAGAGAAACUGAAGCAGUCCCUGCCCCCAGGUUUGGCAGUAAAGGAGCUGAAAUGAACCCGGCACACUGAUUGGAACUGUAUUAAAGUUUUAAAAAUUCCUAAAACGUCCUUUGUCUUUGAGGGCAGGAAGGGAAAUACUUACUUGGUCACGGCUCUUGGUGGGAACAGGCGGGGGGGUCCCGGUUGCUACCUACUUGGUGUCCCUCAUCUUUGGCCGUGAUCCCAGUGGAUGAAUAGAACCAUCCUCUUUUUAGCCUAAGUUUGAAAAUGAAUAGAUGGAAAUAGA